UUUAUAUGGUACUAAAAUAAUCGCCCUUCGAUCAAAAUGUUUUAGCAAUUACGGUAGUGAACUCAAAUCCAAAUACUUUUCUAUUUACUUUUCAAAAUUUUAGUCUUUUUGUUAUCGAAAUCCAUUGAAGAUUUUAGUGACCAAACUGAUAACUGAAAUCAUUGAAAUUCAAUGAGUUCGGCUAUGGCCGAAAUAUUUCUAAAACCCGAGAUUUUAAACUAUAUUAUACCUCAAAAUAAUAUGUUCUUGUUGCCACGAGAUACAAGGGCCUCUACGAGUCAUUCGAUUGGAAAUUUUUGGAAUAUGUAGUCUUCAUUAGUCUGAUUGAGCAACGUUAAAUUCAACAUGUGUCAGCUGCACAUGGUAGAAAAAGACGUGAUUUGGAACACUUUUUUUAUAGGUGAAAUGAAUAAAAGAUAUAUGAGAAAGAAAAAUGAGGAUCGCAUUUUGGAGUUCGAGCUCAUGUACACCCGAUGUGAACACUAGAUUUGAAUAAAAAAAAGGAAGAAAUAAUGCUAAAAACAUUAGCACCAAAGAUGCUCAAUUUUUGUAAGUGCUUCCAAUUUUUUUUGUAGAGAUAUGACAUCAAGGGAGCUCUAGACAAAGGAAAAAAAAGACGUUUUGAAUCACUGAUUUUGCUUUUAUAGAGCACCACAUAAGUCAUAUUGGCACGAAAAAUUGUGUACAACUAGAAAACUUGAUCAUCUUUGAUGUAAAAAAAUAGAAUUAAUUGUGAAUCCAGGAGUAGAUGAGCUCGGGCUUCAGUUGCUGAGGUUUUUAGGGAACACCGAUGGAAAAACCAGAGAUGAAAUGAAAAAAAAAAUCAAAAUGGAAAGAGGACAAAAAAAUGAAGCAGUUGAUGCGGUUGGGGAAGCAUGAUGAACGGACGGGAAGAGAAGAUAAGAGUUUUUUUUUCACCCCGAAAAAAGAUAAGAGUUUUUUUUUGGAGGUAGAGAAGAUAAUAGCUACAGUCGGACGUGACAACUGACGACAUGACCGCGUCAGCCGAUCAGCACGCACCUCUCUCUAUAGAUCGAUCGAUCUGUACGAGAACGUGUCAAUGGGCAGAAGCAAGGGCGCCGCCGCCAGGCGAAGGAAGGCCGCCGUGGCCAGGGAAGCGAUCGCCGGCCCGAGACUAUGCCCCAGCCUCCCGCCGGAGCUGCUGGCCAACAUCCACGACCGCUUGGGGUUCCUCGACCGCAUCGCCUUCGCCGCGGUCUUCGCCUCCUCCUCCGACGUAUUCAGCCCAUCGGCGCCGUGGCUCCUCCUCCCCGGCAAGAACGACGAGAACGCAAAGACCGCCAGGCUACUCUCCGUCGCCGACCGGCGCGCGGCCACGGUGCAUGCCCCGUACCCCGCGCUGCGCGACCACCUCGUCAUCGGCUCCUCCCGCGGGUGGCUCGCCACCGCCGACGGCCGGGGCCAGAUCUACCUCGUCAACCCCGCCUCCGGCGAGCAGCACGCGCUCCCGCACGUCACCACCAUGCGCGUCUUCCUCCGCACGCCCUGCCAGUGGUUCACCGUGUGCUUGAAGCGCUUCAUGACCGUCCGGUUCGGCGGCGGGCCGCCGUUCAAGCAUAAUCUUUGGGGGGCUGAGGGGCACGGCGCGCGCACCGUCACCGCCGACCACAUGGGCAUCUGGUUCUACCGGAAGGUCGUCCUCUCGGUCUCCCCGAGCCGCCACGGCAGCUAUGGCACCGCCAUGCUGAUCCUGCACCGCGAUUUCGGCGCCCCGGCCUUCGCCACGGCUGAGGACGCCGCAUGGAAGCUGGCGCCGUCGCGCGACGGCGUCGAGGACGCCAUUUAUCAUGAUGGGCAGUUCUACUCUGUCUCCUAUACUGGUGUCGUGGAGGCGUGGCAACGUGACACGGAGUCCGGCACGUUCACGAGCACGGCUGUCACCCCAAAGCUGAUUGUUAAACAAGGCGGCUGGCCGUGCCACCGCAAGUACCUGGCGGCGGGGCCGGGUGGGCGGCUGAUGGUGGUGCUCAAGUACGCCCAAGUGACAAAGGACCUGCACAGCAGGGACGGGUGGACGUGCACCUUCAAGGUCCAUGUCCUCGGCGAUGACGGGCAGUGGAAGGAGACGAUGGACAUCGGCGACGUCGCUUUGUUCGUCGGGGUGAACACCUCGUUGUGCGUGCCGACGAUGGGGUGCCCGGGGAUCAUGGCCGGCUGCAUCUACUUCACCAACGAUGAACUAGGGGUUGCGAAGCUGCGCAGGACCAAGGACCUAUCGUCGCGGUCCUACAAAAGUUGCGAUGAUGAGCCCGUCAACUCCGACAUUCGUGCCCUUGGGGUGUACAGCCUCAAGGAUGGCAUGGUGAAGAAGAUGGAGGCGCUACAGCAGCAGUACCGCAUAUUCUCGGCGCCACCGGUGUGGAUCACGCCUUCUGUCCCAUGACUGCAAAGCCGAUCCGCAAGUGUUCUCAAAGGGAGACGCCAGGCAUCGGUUGGGCAAGGGAGCGGCCGAUAGGAGCCUCCCAUUCCAUCCGAUCACGCUUGAUCUUAGAUUCUGGUCUGUCCAAUUGUCGCAACCAGAAAUCCGCAUGUGCAAUAGAUUUUUCCUACAUAUGCAACAUCCUCACAAUUUUCUCUCAUGGUAUGUCAAAAAGACAUGUAAAUAUAUUGCGGUAUUUUUAGGAACAUUCAUACAACAUAACUUUUUAUGUA